AUGACUGAGCCGGUCAGUGCUCCUAAAGCUGAAAGGCCAUGGGCAAGUCCGCGACAGGAGCCAGUUAAAGGAAUUGUUCAACCACGAGUUUUGCCUCCGUUCGGAAAACCCACUCGCCACACAAAUCGACUGGAUUAUAUCUUGAAUACAACUUUGAAAGAAGCUUGCAAGCACAAACAUGUUUGGCCAUUUCUCAAGCCAGUGGAUGCUCUUCAACUCGGAAUUCCGCACUAUCAUGAGCGGAUUCAAAGACCCAUGGACUUGAAAACUAUUAAAAAUCGCAUCAAAAAUAUUUACUAUUCUUCAGCGCAAGAGUGCAUUGAUGACAUUGAAACAGUUUUUCAAAAUUGUUAUGACUUCAACGGAAGCGAAGAUGACGUAACGAUCAUGGCCCAAAACGUCCAAGCUGUUAUUCGCAAAAGUCUCGAAUCUCUGCCGUCCGAGGAGGUUCAAAUCGAGUCCAAUUUCGGCAAAAAGAAAAAGACGAAAGGCGGUGAGCUUUCGCGUCUGGCCGCCGGUUUAGAAGAUAAAGAACGACGAAGAAAGGAGGGGAGCAGUGUGCGCGGUUCCGAGCCGCCGUCUGAAUGUGGAAGCGAAGCUUCAGUUGAUCGCAAAAUGAAGACGACGAAAAGAAAAGCGGAUUCCGACGACGACGAGAAAAUUGAGCCGAUACGUCCACAUAAGCGCGAAGCAUCGAUGAAGCGACCACCAGUGGUCCUUACCGGAAAACUCAAGGCAUGUCAGAAGCUUCUUAAUGAGUUUUACUCGAAGAAAUACCUCGAAAUCUCCUGGCCGUUUCACGAACCCGUCGAUCCUGAAGCGCUUGGAUUGCAUGAUUAUCUAACGAUUGUCAAGAAGCCUAUGGAUAUGUCGACGAUUAAAAAGAAGCUUGAAUCCGGAGAGUAUACGGAACCAUCACAGUUCGCCGAAGAUUACAGAUUGAUGUUAAACAACUGCCUUCUUUAUAAUCCGUCUGGUGAUCCAAUCAAUGAACUCGGUCGGAAGUAUUUGGCAAUUUUCGAGCAGAAAUGGAAAGAUUUUGAAAAGUCUGAUAUGCCCGAGAAAGCGUCGAGCUCGGCGAGCGUUGCUUCCACGUCGACAUCGCACUCGUCAUCAAAAGCAGCAAAAGCUCCGAGCUCGACGCCGGCACCUUCUGUCGUAAAGCAUGAAAAACCGGAGGUUCCGGAAGGCUCGAAAGCGAAAACCGAGGAUAGUAUGCGCUUGGAGAAUGCGCUUUCCAUGGUCCGCGAGCGUGAAACAAAAUUGAAAGCCGAUCUGCGCGCAGUUGAGGAAAUCAAACAUAAAUUGAUUAGCAUAAAAAAGGAGGGCACUGUGGCGCCGGAUCAGCUGCUCGUCACCGCGCGUCUCAUUUGCCAGCCGACGUCGUCGGUGCCAAUCGCCAACACGAAAUUUAUUGAGGAUAAUGGAAAACAGACGAAUGGCAAAAGCAAACUCAACAACAAUUUCGCGUACGAAUUUGAUUCGGAUAGCGAGGAGGCGAAGCGCGAGAUGACCUAUGAAGACAAACGGCAUCUCAGCCUACUCAUUAAUCGUUUGCCGCCUGAGCAUCUCAACACGAUUGUCUCGAUCAUCGAGCGACGCGAGCAAUUGCCUCGUCAAGGCGAUGAUAGCGAGAUUGAAAUUGACUUUGAGGCCCUCGGCACGUUGGCGCUUCGCGAAAUGGACGCGUUUGCGCGGUACAUUCUGAAGACGCCGAAAACGUUGUCAAGCGGACACAAACUGAAAAAGGAGAUUGUGACGCCUGAAAAGCAGCCGAUGCGCGAGACGAACUCGAACAUGACGCCGACGGCGGGUCUUGUUGCGCCGGCUGCUCCGGCGGCACCCGUAGUGCCGACGACGGCAGCGCCAACCACUGCGACAACUUCGUCUUCGGCGGCGACGGUGCCUCCAACACCGUCGUCGAUAAGUAUGAAAGAGGCGCCGGCUCCAACUGCACUUCCUGUUCCAGUGUCCGUUCCAACAUCAGCUCCAGCUCCGAAUUCUGCGCCGACACUUUCGGCCGCGUCGGCGGUGCCCCCGGCACAACCAGUGGACAAAAAGAAGCGUAGGACGAAGUAUCGGCGAAUCGAUGAGACGACGAGCUCCGAGGCGCUUCAAGAGCAUAUUCAGAAUGAAAUCGAGCGACUGAACAAAUGCAUUAUCAAGAAAACGUCUGCGCGGGCUUUUCUAAACAAUCGGCCGUCGGUUUUGUUGAAGCGAAUUGCGAGCAACUCGGAAAAAAUAGUACGAAAGAAGCCGAAAGUGAAUGUUGAGCGAUUUGUUGUUGAAGAUGAGCAUGUCGAAUUCAACAUAGAACGUCCAUUUGAUAUGUCGGAAUCGUCGGAUAGCGAUAGCGGAAAAAAGGCGCCGGUGAAAAAUCGACGAAGGGCCGAAUCAGGCUCUUCUUCCUCGUCCAGCGAUGAUUCGGAUGAUGACGAGUUUCAAGGUGCCGCGCAGAACCGUAAAGGUGGUAUGCCGCCGACGCAAUGGGCUCCGAAUCGAUUAGGCGGAAUGGGCGGACAGCCGCCGACGGCGCGCGUGCCUCCCGCAAUGCAGCAGAGCUCAAACUCGAAGACGUCAUCGUCGUCGUCGUCAUCUCAAGCACAGCCGGGUUACAAACCAAACACGGGUGCAACUGCCGCUGCGUCGACGGCGAAAUCCCGGAAUUUCGGAAGUUCCAAUGCUAGUAAAACUAUUUUGGAUACUCUUCUUCCGGAGACCAGCGGCGAACCUUCAAGGAAUGGAACUUAUCCAAAGAAUGAGACACCGAGACCGAGUGAAACGUAUCGUUCUCCAGCACCUACAGCCAACCCUGAAGAGGACGAAAGCGAAGCUGCUCGAAUUGAACGCCUUCGAACUGAGGCUCGUCUCGCUCGUCAGCGAGAAGAUGAAAACUCAAUGUCUCUCACAAAUCAAAUGGAAAUGAUGCACAACUUUGAGUUUGACAAUCAUUACUAA